AUGAUUCGAUACUUCGAAACUUGGUUGCAAGCUGGGCAUGACGUAACCCUGCAUAAUGUUGGCUAUGCUCUGAGUCCGAUCACGAUGGGGUCCAUUGCUGAUUCCGCCGCUUCUCCUAACUGUUCGCGCCUCCGAUUCUUCCUCUCGGAUGGGAAAUGCGGAAUUCGUCUGCUCUUGCUGGUAGGUUUUGAAGGAACCUACGGUAACGCAUUGCCUUACGAACCUUGCAAAAUGAGCACCAGGCCGAGGAAUAUAAGCAUAUCAUAUAUUCCUCAAUGUGAUACCGUAAAAUGCUUACACAGCGAUAUAAAUACUCAUCUUCACAUUACCCUGGCAAAGGAUUCUCACACUGCUUGUAUACGAGAUUAUUAUCUGGCGCUAUCGAAUACUAUUUGGGAGCGUCUGAGUCUGCGCUGGCUAAGAUCAAAGCAAAGAUUUUACAAGGAAGAUAUGAAGAGGGUGUAUUAUUUGUCGAUGGAGUUUUUCAUUGGCCGAACUUUAGGGAAUGCAAUUCUUAAUCUUGCGCUCAAGGAUCCUGUUCAAGAAUGUUUACGAAAUAUGGGACUAAAUUUAGAAGACCUUGAAGACUGCGAGCCAGAUGCAGCUCUUGGAAACGGGGGACUGGGACGUUUAGCCGCUUGUUUCAUGGAUUCGAUGGCUAAUCUGGGAAUCGCUGCAACAGGGUAUGGUAUUCGAUAUGAUUAUGGAAUUUUUGAACAACGACUCAGUAAUGGCUGGCAGUAUGAGGAGGCUGAUGAUUGGCUUUGUUUUGGCAACCCAUGGGAACGGGUUCGUCAAGAAUUUUCUUUUCCUGUCAAUUUCUAUGGUAAAGUUGAAGUACACGGUGAUCGAAGAACGUGGAUAAACACCGAAGUAAUAUAUGCAGUACCUUACGAUACUCCUAUCCCCGGAUACAUGUGCAACGUCUGUUGCACGCUCCGGCUUUGGGGAUGCAAGGCCCCAAAGAAUUUUGAUCUGGCGGCUUUCAAUACGGGUGGUUACAUAGAAGCUGUUCUUCAACGCAACAUGGCAGAGAACAUUGCUAGAGUACUAUAUCCAAAUGAUAACACGCUUGAAGGGAAGGAGCUUCGUUUAAAGCAGGAAUACUUGCUUGUUUCUGCAGCUUGCCAGGACAUACUUAGGCGGUACCAAUUAGUUGACGAGCACGGCCCACGAAGAAGAGACUUUUCUCAGUUACCCGAAAAAGUUGCCAUCCAGCUUAACGAUACACAUCCAUCUAUGGGCAUCCCAGAAAUGGUGCGACUUCUAGUCGAUAUUGAGGGUGUUGGUUGGGAGCAGGCUUGGAGAAUUGUCCAGAAAACUUUUUCCUACACAAAUCACACAGUUCUUCCAGAGGCCAUGGAACGCUGGUCUGUUGAGCUCAUUGAGAAGAUGUUACCUCGACAUCUAGAGAUUGUUUACAAAAUUAACCAGGAUUUCUGCGACAUGCUGCGCAGGAGGUAUCCCAAUGACCCCGGAAAAGUUUAUCGCAUGUCAAUCUUUAACGACGAUGGUUGGAAGCAUCUGAAAACCGCAAACCUCUGCAUAGUCGGAUCUCAUAGUAUCAAUGGUGUGGCCGCACUGCAUACAGAAAUAUUGAAAAGCUCCGUUCCCCAGCUUGACUUCCUACAAUCGUGUAUUGCCAGGUUCAAAGACUUCUAUGAAUUGUGGCCGGAAAAGUUUUCAAAUAAGACGAAUGGAGUAACCCCACGUCGUUGGCUUAAACUCUGCAAUCCCGGUCUUUCGGACUUGCUGACAGAGAAGCUUGGUGAGGAAUGGGUUGUAGAUUUCGAUCGGAUUCAAGGCAUGAAGGAAUAUGCUGAUGACGACUGUGUUCUCGAAACUCUUAUGAAGAUAAAGUACCAGAACAAAAUAAAACUUGCCAAUUAUCUGUUUCACACCUUGAACAUUGAAGUUAACCCAAACACCAUGUUCGAUAUUCAGGUAAAACGUAUCCACGAGUACAAACGCCAACUAUUGAAUGCUUUGCAUGCUGUCACGAUGUACAAUCGGAUAAGAAAGAAUCCCCAGGUUGAUAUGGUGCCAAGGACGAUCAUGAUCGGCGGUAAAGCGGCACCCGGAUAUCCCCGGGCUAAGUUAAUAAUUAACUUCAUCAAUUGCAUCGCUCGAAAAAUCAACAAUGACCCCACUGCUAGUUCGAAGCUUAAGGUUGUGUUCCUCCCAAACUACCGCGUCACCUUUGCGCAGUAUAUAAUACCUGGCGCCGAUCUAUCCCAACAAAUCUCAACUGCAGGUAUGGAAGCUUCAGGCACCGGAAAUAUGAAGUUCAUGAUGAAUGGAGCCCUUACGAUUGGUACUCUUGACGGAGCAAAUGUUGAAAUGGCCGAGGAGGCUGGUCAUGAGAAUAUGUUUAUCUUCGGCCACACGGUCAAUGAGCUGGACGAUCUGAAGCGCGCUGGAUACAAACCAUCAUCGUUCAUCGCCAACUCUCCGGAACUCCGCGAGUGCCUGGAUCAAAUAAAAUGCGGUUUUUUCUGUCCUGAAGAUCCAGAGCGUUUCAAGGAACUGUACGAUGAGCUCACUGAUCGCGACUAUUACAUGCUUUGUGCUGACUUUACUAAAUAUUUAAUUGCCCAAGCUGCUUGUUUGUUUGCUAGUUUGCAACUUGAAUGUGGUGCUCUAACUUCGUACAUUAACGCUACAUUUGAUUUCAAUUUUAAGGAUCAAAAGAAAUGGGCUCGCAUGUGUCUGCUGAACAUUGCAUCUAGCGCUAAAUUCUCCUCUGAUAGAACAAUUUCAAGCUAUGCUCGAGAGAUAUGGAAUGUGCCAUGUGAUAGGCUCAUCCUUCCACCCCCCAUCUUCGAUCCGAACGAGGGAGAAGAGUGUGUCUUUAGGCGACCAUCGCGCUCUUCGAUUGACAAUCGCUUCCACAGUGUCAAGUAUGUCUUUUUGGUUAUUAAGAUGCAAACAGUUUGA